AUGAAGUAUAAGAAGAAGGAAAGGAGGAGCUCAUAGUUUGUAUGUUUAUCUAAUUUGUAGAUAUCUUUAUCGAUACUUUAUGCUUUACACGUAGGUGAGCUGGCUGUCUUAAAUACGUAUCACACGAAGAUGGAAUCGAAUUGUGAUGAGACAGAUGGAUGUCUUGAUGAUGUCGGAUCUGAUUCUGAGGAGGUGGAAGAUGAGGAAGAGGUCAUGAACGGUAUAUAUCCCUAUGAUGCAGUUCUGUCAGCAUGGAAUCUGUUACCUAGUGAUUUAAAAAAAAGAGUGAGCCAUACGUUGAAGAUAUCUACUUUCUGGUGGCACAUUUUACUUCGACAAGAGGAAGAGCACAGCACCACCAUAUGGGGUAUCAUGGCAGGAUUUCUUGACUCGAAUGUAAAUAGUGAUUUAAGCCUACAGAGACUGGAGCGCAUUGAAAUUCUGGAAAGCAUUCUCAGUGCUAUGGAGAGAGGAUGGUUGUCUGACAAGCUAACAAAGCAAUUAAUACCAAUGAGUGCCUGUUUUCAAAUAUCAGAUAGUGACCUCACAGAGGAGGCACUUGCAUGGCUGGCAAAGACAGGAGAGCCCAAUAUUGUGAGAAAAGUUAAAAAGCUGGGCCCUCGAUAUAUUCGCUAUGAAGUCCUGAGGUUCGUCUUUGGAAAAUUUUCCCCUCUUACAACUGCAGCAGUGGCGGGUCAAAGUGUUCUUUUGAAGUUGAAAGAAGAAAUUUCUAUAGAGCCAGAGAGUUGGUCAAAAGAGAAAAGCGAGGACCUGAAAAACAAAGGCAAUGACCAGUAUCGGAAAAACAAUUUUCGCCUGGCUCUGAGGUGGUACUCCAAAGCUAUCAAGCAUCAUCCAGGUAAUCAUGUGCUCUAUGGAAAUAGAGCCAUUUGCUUUAUUCGCAUCGGAAAAUAUCUAAAAGCGAUGGGAGAUGGGAAACGUGCCAUGGUACUAAAACCAGACUGGGCAAAGGGUCACUACCGCUUCUGUGAGGCAUUAUUCCUUUUGGAACAGCGCAAGAAGGCUCUGGAAGCCAAUGAGUUGGCACAUACUCUUUGCCAGUCUGAUGAGGAGGGCAUGAAAGAACUUGAGCGACAGAGAGCCAAGUUCUUACUGGACAUGGAAGACAGCAAAGAUGAAGAAAAGCCAGAAAGACCUAAGAGGACUGGAAUGAUGAAAACCUCAAAUAAAAGGUCUCACAGUGCUACAUACACAGAGCAGCAUUGUGAUGCAGAGCCCAGAUGUGAACCUGAACAAAUGAAUGAUGAAUUGACCAAAGAAAAAGAGGAAGGACAGGACCUGAUGAGCAGUGAAGGCUAUCCUGAUGAAUCUGACAGUGGGAUACACAGUAAAGGUUGCGAAGAGACCAAAGAAACGAAAAGUCUUUUUAGUGAAAUGAAGGAAAGGAAAUCUCAUGGAGCAGAAUCAUACAACCGAGAAAAAAUGAAAAGCAGAAGUUCAGCGGAAGAGACUGCGGAUCUAAAGGAAGAGCUGGCCUGUGCUGUCCAAGAUGCCCAUAUGGCCCUGACUGAGAAGCACUGGUUCAAUGCAAAACAGGCCUUCUUCCAUGCUCUUGACAUACUGGACUCUAAUUUUCCACAGGAAUUGAGUGUAUCUGAGCUUGACAAACUCCUUCUGAUGUAUGGAUAUGGGACAGCUCUUCUGGAAAUUGGACAGCCACAGGAGCUAGCCGAAGCCAGAAAGCAGUUUCUCCAAAUGAGGUCCAGUUGUGAUGGAAAGUUUCAAUACUUGGUUAGCUAUGGAAUGGGAAAAGUAUUUCUGAAAGAAAAUAGGUUUUCAGAGGCUCUAAACCAAUUUUCGGAAGCACUGCUGGAGGUUGAGAGAAAGAUAAACUCUGAAGAACUUACAUGGCCAACCACAAAUGUCCCUGUUAAGGAAGCCCUGGUGAAAAAUAUAAGGGAUUUCCUUGAGGAGUCCAUUGAAAUUUGCAGAUUCCCACCUUUGCCAGAUGCAGUAUGCAGACACAAAAUCGGUCAAGACCAUUUAAAAAAAGAAAUUUACUUCACGGAUCCAGGGUUUAAGGGAUUUCAUCGUAUCGUAUGCAGUCAGAGUUGUGUUGUGGAAUUCCAUACCAGCUGUUGGAAGAAAUUUAAGACUGCUACAUUCUCUGACAAAACAGAUAAGGAUUUCCUACAAAGCACUUGCUUCACCCCUGACUGCACUGGCACAAUUAGUCAAGUAGUGAUUGUCGGGUCUACUGGAGUUACUAAAUGUGAGUUUGAAUCUGCCAUCCCAAAACAAACCUUGCAGAGACCAAAAAUAAAGCAACGAUCAACACGUCCUAAAGCCGUAAAAAUCAAAGAAGACCAAAAACUGAAGCACAGCAGACAGAUGGCCUCUGUUUCAGUCCAGGAUGACUUGAUCAUAGAACAGAAAGUCAGCAUUGGAGAAUGUGUCUCGAAAGGUAUUGAUGGACCAUUCCAAGCUUGGCUUGAUGAGGAUCAUGUCUUACGUCAAAUUGGUGAAAUGAGAGACAGCUUUGGAGAUGGAACCCUUGGUGUGUCUGCUUUUAUGACUUUUCUGAAGCCAUGGGCUGAAAGAGAUUUGGCCAAAGGCCUUGAGUGUCCAGGACUAAAUGAGGAGGAGCCAGCAGUGCUUAAGGAUGUGGUUGGUAUGCUUCUACAGAGGAAAAGCAGAGUGUGGGCAAGAAUAUUUAUCCAUGUUCUCAGUGCCUGUGCUGACCUGAAACCAAAGCUAUUGGAGUGGGCUCAGCAUUUGAAUAAUCAAGGUCUAAAAACAGCCAAGACAUUCAUUGAGCGUUAUGCAGAACCCUUAGAGGAAUUGGACCUUGGACUUUUGCUUAUAUUCCCCCCAUUGCAAGACGCCCUUAUUGAAAGGUUUGGGACAAUGCCGGAUUUGUUUAGCAGUGCUGAAUUAACUAUUACAGAGUACCUAAGACAGGCCUCACCACAUGAAAUGCGUUUGUUUAUCUGGACACUUGAGCAACACAGAGAUGAAUACCCCUCCUGCCAUACAGCCUUAGAUGAGUAUUUUGCAACAGAUUGUAGUUAUUUGGUAAUCAAAAAGACAGAACAUGAAAGCCCAGCUAAUCUGCAUCAUAAGAAGAGCAAGAGCAAAAGGAAAAAGCACAAAGAGCCCAACUCAAAGUCUUUUCUUGUCUUGUCUGGCAUGAGCACUGGAUCCAUAAGAGAAGAAAAAGAAGAUGAUUAUCUUUAUGAAGAGGAUUCAUUCAGCAUGCUUCUUGACAGCCUUGAUUCGUUUACCAUUCCUGAUUACCUACGAGACCAAGUUGCAGAGUUUGAAGAGGAAUGUGUAGGUGCUGGAGAUUCUAUUCAUAUUAGGAGAAAUCUAUACAAAAUUCCAGAUCCAACAAGAGAACAUUUGUAUGAUUAUUUUGCUCAAGUUUUAGAGGAACAUGGACCUUUGAAAACUGACCAUCCAUUACUUGUGGGAGAGGUAGAAAACUUCCCUUCCGAUGCUCUGAAAAAAAUUGAUGAAUCUGGAGGACUGAAACCUUUCCUUCUGGAGUCUUCACGAUUUGUUAUGAAGGAUGACGUUAUUGCCUUAUUGAAACAUGCUGGAGUGCUUCAGAAUGUGUCUCUGGAACAAAUGGAUAUCUCAUGUUGCUGCCAUUUUCAGGAUGUUUCUGAUGAUUAUGAAACCAUUCUUAACCCAUUAGCAGAAGAAUUUUACCCAACAAUUUGUAGGACGAGAAAUGCCACUUCUGGGGAUUUGUGUAACAGAGCAUUUGGAGAUUCCAGCUGUGUGCCAUAUACAAGACCUGUUCAUGAAUGCCGACAUGUGCCCCAUCUUCAGAAAUCUUGUUCUCGAACAUCAAAGUCCUCGCACACACCCUUUGGCUCUACUAAUGAAACCCCUCUACCUCGAAGACAUUUUGAAGUAUGUGGUACUGCUAUUCCCUUCUCCUCUAUUAGGCAGACAGGUGCAUGUUUAUCAUCAAAUGCUGUACAGGAUUGGAAAAUGGAAUUAGUUGCUUCUUAUAAUGAGAGGGUCGAUGGAAGUAAUACUAGCUUCCACCAUGGAGUGGCAACUAGCAAUGAACAGGCAUUUUCUUCAAUGGGAGACGAUGUCGCAGUUAAUACUGAGGCAUAUCACCUCUUUGAAAAUCUGAAAGGCGAUAUGACAAACAAAGAAAAAAACAACAUGGAGUGUAAAAAGGAAAUACCACAACUAAAAAAAGACCUUGAGUCUGAUAUUCAGAGGAGAAACACUGAUUUAGCUCAACAUAGAGAUGUUUAUGAAGAAAUCUGUCAGCAAAUAGAGAAAAUCAAUAAGGAACUUUGUUUAUUACAACAAAAGUUUGAUGAAGAGAUGGAAAUGUAUCAGCCAGAGAAAAAGGAAAACCAGGAAACACUGAAAAUUUUGAAAGCACAAAUAAGCAGUUCGUCAACAACAAAUGAGAGUGUUGCAAAGGACAUCAUGGAGCAGAAUAAGACGUAUGAGACAAAACUUACUUAUUUCACUACAAUAAGCAACCAGUUGGCUGCUGAAAAAGCAGAUUUGAAGCGUGAAAUUGACAGGUACAAGCAGUUGUCUGCAAGACAAACCAAAAGGUCUCAACUAGCUGGGAUUUUGAUGAUUGAGAGCCGUCAAGCCCAAGGCCUCAGAGAACUGAAAAAAUGUGCUGUCCAGGGUAGAACCAUUAUCACCCGCAUCACUGAACUCUUCUCUAGGUACCCUUCUUCGGGACUUGAAGGACUUAUUGAUUCAUGGAAGGCUUGUGUCCACGAUGCAGAGCAAAAAAUUUUCCAAACCCAGGCUCGGUACAGGCAGCAGAUGGAACUGUUUAAGAAUGGGACAAUGCUGUGCAGGCUACCCCAGAUUUCUGUGCCCGCAUGCCCCCCAACACCCUCCGAGCCGAUUUUGGACCCAGAGUCAUCUACACAUCAUCUUGGAUUAAGACAAAUAUACUCACACCAGAGUGCCCAGAUGCCAGCUAGCUUCUCAAAUCAGAACUUUCUCCAAUGGGCUGACAUGCCUGCCCAUGGAACAAAGGCACAAAAUAUCCUUGAGAAGAUGGCCGAUCACUUAAUCACCAUGUUUCCUCAUUUUGAAAGGGAAACCAUCAUAACAUUAAUUAAUGAAGUGAUGUCUGCACAUGGAGGACAUCCUUUGUCGCUGUCUUAUGAAGAGACAAUUAGAACAGUAACCCAGCACAUUUUGAAAUCAUCAGAAGAUGAACAGGUGAACAAGGGGCAAAUGAACUCCAUCAGAUGUCAGGCAAGUGGUCUUGAGGCUCAGUCUGAGAUGGGUCACAUAGCAUCAAGGCCAUAUUCCCCUCUCAGGCCAACAGGAAAGCCUCCUCCAUCCCAUGUGCAGAAAAAUCUAUCCAUUUCAAGACCUUCCAAUUGCAGAACAGAGCAAAUGCAUUCCACCGACAGUCACUCAGGUCUUUUCGAUGCCCAGUCUGAUAGAAGUCAAAUGGAAUCGAGACCAUAUUCACCUGGGAAGCCAACUGGAGCACCAUCUCCUGUCUGGAAACGUGAAGCUGCGCAAAGACAAAAUAGUCGCAGAAUGUUGAAUAUGGAGGACCCUUGCAUAAUUUGUCAUGAAGAUGUGCUUCCUGAGAAUCUGUGUGUACUCGAGUGUCGACAUGGCUUCCAUCAUGAGUGCAUCAACUCAUGGCUGAACACACAAAGUACAUGUCCUACUUGCAGAAAGCAUGUUCUCCAUUCAGCCGAUUUCCCAGUGCUGCCGGUCCGGUUAGACAAAUCUAAUAUGUAGCACUGCAUUCUUACUCUGGACAUUCCUUUCACACUAUGACUUGAUCAUUCCUCUUCUGCAUAAGGAAAUGCUAGCCAAAUUUUAACAUUUGAAACAUUUGUUUUUCUUUUUUUACUUUUAUUUUAAUAUUCGUUUACUUCCAUUUUCUGCUAUGCACAAUUCAAAUGAUUAGUUAGUAUUGCAUACUAAUUUGUCUUGUUUCAUGUUUACCAUCAUGUAGUAAUUAUCAUAAUUUAGUUUUUAAUUGUAUUUUUUUCACUGGCACAUUCAGGAUUACAAUGAAAAAAUCAUUCCCAGCUUAUAUGAGGCUAGCUGUUCCAGUUAUUUUAUUUGUGUCAAAUGUUAACUGGCCUUUAGUGUGAACGCAUAUCCAGUUUGAUGGUUAUGCUUGUUUAAUUUUCUGAAAAUAAAGUUCAGUUUUAAAAUGAAAA